GAUGAGGAGCUGCUCUCUCCCACUGAGCCGAGGGACACGGGAUUAAAGUUCAACAUUAAACCGAGGAAACACGGAGAGUCGGAUAAUCAGCAAUGAAAUGUAUGCGUUUAACUUUCAACUGAACCCGGACUGCGACCACCACGCGUUGACCACGUUGGAUCUGCUGACACUGGACUCCUUGCUCUCUUCUGACAUCCAGUGUCAGCAGCCGACGCUUUGAAGAUGAUCAAUCCUCAGAUAUACCUCCACUAUAACUACACAGGGAAGCUGGACCACCGGCCCAGCGUUGGAGCGAGCCCUGGCACUGUGGACACCAAAACCGUGGUGUUUCUCAUCAUAUGUAGCUUCAUCGUCCUGGAGAACCUCACCGUUCUGGUGGCCAUAUGGAGAAACCACAGGUUCCACAACCGCAUGUACUUCUUCAUUGGCAACCUGGCUCUGUGCGACAUGCUGGCAGGAGUGGCGUACCUGGUCAAUCUGCUCCUGUCAGGAGAGAAGACGCUACAGCUCUCACCUGCUCUCUGGUUCGUCAGAGAGGGAAGCAUGUUUGUAGCUCUCGGUGCCUCCAUUUUCAGUCUCCUGGCUAUUGCGAUAGAGCGACACCUGACUAUGAUCAAAAUGAGGCCUUAUGAUGCCAACAAGAACUACAGAGUGUUUCUGCUCAUAGGGACCUGCUGGCUGAUCGCCAUAUCUCUUGGAGCUUUGCCUAUUCUGGGCUGGAACUGCCUGGACAACCUCCCCGACUGCUCCACAGUCCUGCCACUCUACACCAAGAAAUAUGUAGCUUUCUGUAUCACAGUUUUCAUGGUUUUGCUCUUAGCCAUGUCAGUCCUUUACGCCCGCAUCUACAUCCUGGUUAAGUCCAGCAGCCGAAAGGUGAGCAAGCACAGAAACUCUGAGCAUGCAAUGUCCCUGCUGCGCACCGUCAUCAUUGUAGUUGGUGUCUUCAUCGCCUGCUGGACACCCAUCUUCGUCCUGCUCCUGGUGGAUGUGGCAUGUCAGCAGCGCUGCCCCAUCCUUUACAAGGCUGACUGGUUCAUUGGACUGGCUGUGCUUAACUCAGCCAUGAACCCAAUCAUUUACACUCUGGCCAGUCGCGAGAUGAGACGGGCUUUUCUGGGUCUUGUGUGCGGCGUUUGCUUUAGGGGGAAGGCUUCUGUGGCCGGCAGCGCUAACAGGCAGUCUCUGGAGCCCAGCCGCAGCCGGAGCAAGUCGUGGAGCAGCCAGAACAACCCCAAUCAGAACCAGCAGAGCUCCAGGCAGGCGGAGUUGGAGAAGGGGCAGGAGACGGACAAGGCUCAUGGUGGAGUCUCAGUGGUGGCAGGAGGGGCUGCUCAUGCAGUCAUUGAGAGUGGCAGAAAAGACUGAAUGAAUAGAGCAAGAUAUUUACAAGAGAAAGGUGAGCACUGGUGGACUGAGGAGACCACCCACCUUGGUGCCUCAAUGUUCAGAAAAAAAAAAAAACCCUGAAAAAGUGCUGUUUUGGAUGCCCCUAAAACAGGGUAAAGUCCUUCGGAUGUCCAUGAUAAAGUGUCCUCCAAGGUUAAAAUUGAGAAAACAUGAUGCAGUGCCAUAUAGGCUGCCAUAUAUCCUAGAAAACUGCACGCUGGUGUCCCACCUUAUGCAGCUGGUGCCCUUGUUAUUUUUUUUCCGCCCCUGCCCGUCAAACAGCACGAGUCCACCUCUGGAGGCGAGGGUGGUCCUAAUAUUUAAGCGCUUGUGCAGUGUUCAGAAUUGGUGACAAAAAGGAAUUUAGUUUGUGAUUUAUUCAGAAUGAAGGGUUUCUUUGACUGCAGGUCAGUGGUUUCCCCUUUGUGCUUUAUAUUGAUAUAA